UUUCCACCACAACUAUAUUUGCAUAUUCCUGCACACCACAAAAAACAGAGGAGGGUUCUUAUUUCUCACUACCAGAGUCCAGACCAGUCAGAAGAGGGCCAGAAGAGAGCUCUUUCUAUUUCUCCUCAUCAAUGGCAGAAGUAACGAAGAGAUAUGCAGUGGUUACUGGCGCAAAUAAGGGAAUUGGAUUGGAAAUAUGUAAACAGCUAGCUUCAAAAGGAAUCACGGUGUUGUUAACUGCUAGAGAUGAGAAGAGGGGUCUUGAAGCUGUUGAAAAGCUGAAACAGUACGGCCUAUCUGAUACUGUAGUUUUUCAUCAACUUGAUGUUGCAGACCCUGCUAGUAUUGCUUCUUUGGUAGACUUCAUCAAAAAACAAUUCGGAAAGCUUGAUAUUUUGGUGAAUAAUGCAGGAAUUAAUGGCGUAGAAGCCGAUGCUGAUGCUCUUAGAGCUGCAGGUUUUGCUCAGGAAGGUUCAAGUACCAUUUGGAGUAAAGUAAGUCAAACCUACGAGGCAGCAGAAGAAUGCCUGAAGAUAAACUACUAUGGCGCUAAAAAUACAGCCGAAGCACUUGCUCCCUUGUUGCAGUUAUCUGACUUACCAAGGAUUGUAAAUGUUUCCUCCUCUGUGGUCAUGGUAAAGCGUAUGACUGGUGAACGGCUCAAAGGAAUAUUAACGGGUUUUACCACAGAAGAGAAACUGGACGACUUGGUCGCUGAAUAUCUAAAAGAUUUUAAGGAGGGUUCACUAGAAAGUAAAGGUUGGCCAACCGCCCUCUCUGCCUAUACAGUCUCAAAAGUAGCCAUGAAUGCUCACACAAGGAUUCUGGCCAAGAAGUAUCCGAAUUUCUGCAUCAACUGUGUUUGCCCCGGCCAUGUCAAAACAGAUAUAAAUUUCAAUACGGGUAAGUUAACUGUUGAAGAAGGGGCCGCGAGUCCUGUUAUGUUAGCACUCUUGCCAAACGGUGGUCCUUCUGGCCUUUUCUUCAAUCGGAGUGAACCUGCAAGUUUCGACUCAGAAAAUUGAUACUAGUGCCAUAAAUAAUGCAAUCUCAUCAGAGAUGCAACGCAGCUUCCAUUUCCUCUCAUUUUGUCCAGUACAAUGAACAUGCAUAAGAAAUCUUGUGGUGUAACUUUCUUUUGCCAGGCCACCGUGGAUGUAAUGAUGGUCUUCAAACAAUGUGCUUGCUUAAUUAAAUAAUCUUGGUCUUACCACAAAAAACCAACGAUUAA